AUAAUGUGAUCACUGUUUAUUUACUCCAAUCAAAUCAAAAUACAGUUGCCCAUUUUUAUUUACAAAUCAUCCAAUCAUCUCAAAAAAUUCAUGAGAGAGAAUCUUCUAUUUACAGAGAAGUGCUAUCAACCAGUCAAAACCCGAACUUCCAAAAAUGCCCCUCGUCUAUCCUUCUCUCAGUCAACUUUCUCGUCGUCUUCGUCUUCCUCAUCAUCAUACGUUUCAGAGAACGAGAAAAUCCUCUCUCUAAUCUCUCACUGCAUAAUCAUCUUCACAUGCACCGAUCCAUCCGAAUCGCCUUCUCAACAAGAGCUCAAACGCCAGAACCUUAUUGACCUCUUGUCCAUCAUAAAAGCCUCAAAAAAGCCUCUUCAUGAUCAAGUUAUAUCACCUCUAAUGGCGAUGAUUUCCGCGAAUAUUUUCCGUCCACUUCCUCCUCCUUCCAAACCUUCCUCAUCGAUCACCGCGGACUUGGACUUAUUCCCUGACAAUGAAGAAAACCCCAUUUCAAAGCUCUCAAGAAUGUGGUCACAUCUUCAACUAGUCUACGAAAUCCUCUUGAGACUAGUCAUAAACACCGACACGAGAAAACUUGGUCCUUACAUUGAUCACCCCUUCCUUGUGAGCCUCCUCUCGCUUUUCCAAUCGGAGGACCCCCGAGAGCUAGAGAGCUUGAAGAACGUCUACCACCGGAUAUAUUCCCGCUUCACCCUCCACCGAUCCUUCAUGAGGAAGGCGAUGAACGACGUGUUCUUGAACUACGUUUUUGAGACCGAAAGGCAUAGCGGGGUCAGGGAGUUGCUCGAGAUAUGGGGAAGCAUAAUAAAUGGCUUCACUGUGCCACUAAAAGAGGAGCACAAGUUGUUCCUCAUGAGAGUGCUUAUUCCUCUACACAAGACCAAGGGAAUGCAGGGUUACCACAGGCAGUUGGCGUAUUGUGUGUCUCAGUUUGUGCACAAGGAGCCUGUGCUUGGUGGGGUUGUUGUGAGAGGGAUUUUGAAGUAUUGGCCUGUCACCAAUUGCCAAAAGGAGGUUUUGCUUAUUGGGGAAUUGGAGGAGCUUGUGGAAAUUAUAGACACUGAUCAGUAUAGGAAGUUAGCCCUGCCUUUGUGUACUCAGAUUACAAGGUGCUUCAAUAGUUGGAACGCUCAGGUAGCUGAGAGGGCCCUCUAUGUUUGGAACAACGAACACUUUGUGAAAAUGGCAUCAAUGGCAAUGGAAGAAGUGUUUCCAAUUGUAGUGGAGGGAAUGGAGAGGAACCUCAAGUGGCACUGGAGCAAGAGCGUUCGCCAACUGACCGAAAACGUGAAGGUGAUGUUUAUAGAAAUGGAUCAAAUUUUGUACUCCAAAUGCCUUGAAGAGAUUAAACGCCGAGAAUCCACGGCUCGCCAAGCUGAGAUCAAGAGGAAGGAGAAAUGGGACAGAAUAGAAAUGGCAGCGGCCAAGAACCAUCGCUUCGUACAACAAAAACAACCACCUUAUAUUUUUGUGUCUCACUGA